AUGAAAAUAAAAAUAAAAGCAAAUGACACACGGUUGGACAGACAGCCUGUCACUUGCUGCGGAGUUGGUCCGUCUAUCAUCAUACAGAUCGGCUGCAAGUACCUUCCACUAAGAGCUGUACUUUUCUUGGAUCAAAGGCGGCCGGCCGGUCAGGCUUUCUUCGUCGUGGGGACCACUCUGGGAGAUGGAAAUCACCAGUGGGCAAUAAGAUCUGUAGGCAACAUCACUGUGGCCUGGUCUAGUACCUACAUCUCCGCCCUCCUCUUUGAUCAUCCCCGCGGGACUGCAAUAAGCCUAAUCAGACCCGCUCGAACUGUGUCAGCCGCCGUCUUUCUUUCUUUUCCUCUGUUCACGUUGGCUGACGUACCGGUAAGGAUGCUAAUCGGAGAACCAUCGAAUAAGGUGAUCGAUGGACCACAGAUCCUACCACAUUGGGCCAUCCAGGAUGAUCGUUAUAGUAGUGACUAA